GUGCAUAUGAGAAUAAAACCUUUGCAUGUUGAAUGAAUCUGGCUGAAUGUGUUUCCUCCCCACAGCUGUCAGUAGCAGUGUGUAUCGGCUUCCUGGGUGCCUGGUCUCCGUAUGCCAUCGUGGCCAUGUGGGCAGCUUUCGGAGACGCCACGCUGGUUCCUCCUGAGGCCUUUGCCAUCGCCGCCGUGUGUGCCAAGUCUUCCACCAUCUACAACCCUCUGGUCUACCUGCUGUGUAAACCUAACUUCCGCGAGUGCCUCUACAGAGACACGUCUAUGUUACGAAAGAGGGUCUACAGGGGAAGUCCGAUGUUAGAACCCAAAGAGCACUCGGCCUCGCAGCGGAACAAGGACGUGAGCCUCUCCACGCGCUUCUCUAACGGACAGCAGGAGAGCUACGGGGCGCUUCUGCACUGCACUGAGUCUGCAGCGCCGGGACAUGUGGACGCAGCCCAAAGGACCGCCUGCAGUCUGACUGCCUCCCCCUUCAGAGAGGUGACAGUCUGCCAGCUCUCCAGCAAACCACAGGCUGAACUCGUCUAGUGGGCAAACCAGAGAGGACAGGUGCUUGGAAAGAUAGAGGGAAUACACAUGGACAACAGAACAACAACGGGCACACACGGGUUUUAAUGCCCACAAGACUUUAAAGAAAACAAGACCGCAGACUUGCAUGGACCUUUAAUGGAAUACUUUCUUAAAGAGAAUAAUGAAAAGUCCCUUUAUUAUUUUAUAAUAAUAUUAU